AUCAGCAGAGAAUCAAUGCUGAUCGAGGCGCUGUGGGUACAGAGCCGAUUUGACGGUCGCUCUUUCUGCAGCGAGGAAGAAGUAGAGAUGGCAGCUACUGUGAAAGGAGCGAACGAAGAUGUCAACGUCACAUUUGAGGACCAGCAGAAAAUCAAUAAAUUUGCCAGGAACACAAGUCGAGUGACUGAGCUGAAGAAUGAAAUCAAAACAAAAAAGAAAACACUGCAGAACCUGCAGGAUGCCAGCGAUGACCUGAUGAUGCUGGACGACGACGUGGAGGUGAUUCCCUACCAGAUUGGCGACACGUUCAUUAGCCACAGCCAGGAGGAGACGCAGGAGAUGCUGGACACGGCCAAGGAAACUCUGGAGCAGGAAGUGAAGAGCCUGGAGGACCGCGUGUCGUCGAUACAGCAGGUACUGGGCGAGCUCAAGGUGCAGCUCUACGCCAAGUUCGGAAACAACAUCAACCUGGAUGCGGACGACCCUGAAUAGUGGGAACGGACACUCAGACUUUUUCUUUCACUCCACUUUUGCGCCACAAGAAUUACGCAAAACGUUCCCCACAAUGGUUGGUGUGGACAUGGAGUUCGGGACACUCAUGCAGACGACAGUCAAGUCCUCUGGAACAUUCAGCCAUCAUGUUUAAAUGUUCAACUAAUAAUCUCAAUAAAAACACCACUGAAGAAGAA